CCAAAUUUGCCGCAUUGACCGAAACUUUUGCGAGGACUAUGGCGUCGCUGUUCCGCAUAACAUCAAAGAACUCAUUCAAGCCUUUGGCGCGGCCAUUCGCGACAGCGGCACGAAAACAAACAGCGUCUAAAUCAGAACCAAACACCCACUUCAAAAUCACUCUACGCCGCUCCGCAAUUGCACUAGGCGAACGGAAGAAGGAAACCUUGGUAGCACUCGGUCUGCAUAGACGUAUGCAAACUGUGUAUCAUGUCCACAGCCCAGAAGCCGCAGGAAAAAUUCUCAAAGUGAAAGAAUUAGUCGAGGUUGAGAAUGUACCAGCAACGGCUGUACGCUCUCAGUCAGAGCAGAGGAAGGAGAGGAAAGCGUCGAGAGGGUACCAGGUGCAGGGCACAAAGCUGGGAGAACUUGCAUGGGAAACUUCAUGACCAGGUCCGCUUAUCUCGUGCUCUUUCG